UUAAUGAUUUUCCUGGAAGACAAACAACUGCAAGUGAGUAGAAGUUUCCCCGGAGAGGCAACUUCACUCCUGUAAGAAGCAUAAAUCUGAUUCCAAUCUCUGUAACAAAUCAAACCCUUGUUUCUCAAUCAAAAAUGUCUGAAAACAUGAUUCCAGUGAUUACAGGAGAAAAUGGCGGAAAGAAAUUGAAAUCUGAGAUUAGCCACAGCAGCAAAGUUCAAGGCACUGUUAUUGUUCAGACCAAGAAGAAUGUUUUGAACUCUCUUCAUGAACUCUUUGAUAAGCUGACGGGUAAAAAGGUUUCCCUGCAGCUCAUUAGUGCCUUUAAUGGUGAUCCUGAAGAUGGACAUAGAGGGAAAACAGGGAGUCCAGCAUACUUGGAAAAGUGCAAUACUGCUUUGCCUGCUGCUCCAGUUAAAGAAGAUGAAGUCCAAUUCCAGAUUAGCUUUGAUUGGGAAGAGCAAAUUGGAGUUCCAGGGGCAUUUACUAUAAGAAAUGAUCAUCAUGGUGAAUUCUUCCUUAAGUCUCUUACACUUGAACAUGUUCCUGAUCAUGGCUCCAUCCACUUUGAUUGCCACUCAUGGGUUUACCCUGCCAAAUUUUACCAGAAAGAUCGUGUCUUCUUCUCUAACAAGACGUACCUUCCUUAUAAUACUCCAGUGCCGCUGCGAAAGUACAGAGAAGAAGAACUGGAGAAUUUAAGAGGGGAUGGAAAAGGAGAGCUCCAGGAAGCUGACAGGAUUUAUGACUAUGCUUAUUACAAUGACCUUGGAGAUCCUAAACAUGUCCGUCCAGUUCUUGGAGGGUCUCUCCAUCGCCCUUAUCCGCGCAGAGUGAGAACAGGCCGGGGACCUCUGGAUUCAGCUCCUUGUAAUGAGAGAAGGCUGCCUCUUCAUAAGAGCUUAAGCAUUUAUGUGCCAAGGGAUGAACGAUUUAGUCUCUCCAAGAAUGAAGACUUCCUUGUUAGCUCAUUCAAAGCUUUAGCUCAAUUGAUUGGACCAGAGCUAAAAUCUCUAUUUGAUAAAGAGUUUGACUCCUACAAAGAUGUGUUAACUCUUUAUAAAGAAGGAGUUAAGCUACCUGAUGGCCCUUUGCACGCUAGCCUGGAGAUGCUUAAUAUGAUAUUUGAAAGCGGCAGGAAAUUUCCUACGCCUCAACUGAUUCAAGGUAUUGUGCUUAAUAUGAUAUUUGAAAGCGGCAGGAAAUUUCCUAUACCGUUUAAUUCUGAUGUGCUAAUGUUGGGAACAGCGGAUGAGUCUGCAUGGAGUACUGAUGAGGAAUUUGCCAGAGAAAUGCUAGCUGGUGUAAAUCCUGUUAGCAUUCGCCGUCUUGAGGAGUUCCCUCCAAAAAGCAAGCUAAACCAUGAACAGUUUGGUGAUCAGAACAGUUCAAUUACAAAGGAGCAUAUAGAGAAUAAAUUACAUGGAAUGAGUAUAGAAGAGGCAAUAGAUAAGAACAAGUUAUUCGUAUUGGAUUACCAUGAUGUGCUGAUGCCAUACCUCAGGCUGAUCAAUGAAACUUCCACAAAAGUUUAUGCAUCAAGAACACUCCUUUUCUUGAAAGAAGAUGGAACCCUGAAGCCACUUGCAAUUGAAUUAAGUUUGCCUCAUCCUGAGGGAGAUCAAUUUGGAGCAGUAAGCAAUGUAUACACACCUGCUGAACAUGGAAUUGAAGGCUCUAUCUGGAAACUAGCUAAAGCUUAUGUGGCUGUAAAUGACUCAGGAUUUCAUCAGCUGAUUAGUCACUGGUUGAGAACACAUGCAGUGAUUGAACCAUUUGUGAUUGCAACAAAUAGGCAGCUAAGUGUGCUGCAUCCAGUUUAUAAGCUUUUGCAUCCUCAUUUCCGGGACACGCUGCAUAUAAAUGCAAUAGGUAGGCAGAUGUUCCUUAAUGCUGAAGGAGUGCUGGAGGCUACUGUUUUUCCUGGAAAAUAUUCCAUGGAGAUGUCUUCUGCAGUUUACAAAGAUUGGAAUUUCACCGAUCAAGCACUGCCUGAAGAUCUGAAGAAGAGAGGAGUGGCAGUUGAGGAUGAGAAUUCACCAAAUGGUCUUCGCCUGAUGAUAGAAGACUACCCGUUCGCGGUCGAUGGGCUUGAGAUAUGGUCAGCAAUCAAGAUAUGGGUUAAACAAUAUUGUUCCUUUUAUUACAAGACAAAUGACAUGGUUAGACAGGAUUCUGAACUCCAAACCUGGUGGAAGGAAAUUCAGGAGAAGGGUCAUGGUGACAAGAAAGAUGAACCAUGGUGGCCCAGGAUGCAAACUUGUGAUGAACUAAUAGAAACAUGCACUAUCACCAUAUGGAUAGCUUCUGCUCUUCAUGCAGCUCUCAACUUUGGACAAUAUCCUUACACCGGUUACGUCCCUAACCGGCCAGCCAUAAGUCGCAGGUUGAUGCCUGAAAAAGGUUCUGCAGAGUACAAGGAGCUUGAGUCCAAUUUUGAAGAGGCUCUCUUCAAAACUAUCACUGCCAAGCCAGUGGCACUUGUUGGCAUUUCUGUAGUAGAAAUUUUGUCAACGCAUUCACCAGAAGAGGAAUAUCUUGGGCAGAGAACACCAGGAUGGACUUCAGAUGCAGAACCAUUGGAAGCUUUUAAGAAAUUUCAGGAGACGGUGGAAGGAAUUGGGGAAAGAAUCUUAGACAGGAACAGAGAUACAAGAUUAAAGAACCGUACUGGACCUGUCCAAGUGCCAUACACUCUGCUGUUUCCAGCAAGCGAAGGAGGACUUACAGGGAAAGGCAUCCCCAACAGUAUCUCUAUUUAAAGCUACCCUGCAAGGAUUGUUUGUAUUUUUGCUUUUUGCUCUUGUUUACCAUUGGAUGUUCUUCACCGUGCCGAUGAAUAAUGAGAACGAAUCAAUUAGUUGUCUUUUUUUCUUAUUUUGAUCGAUUUGCUUAUUGGUUAUACAAACUCAUUAGUUUAGUGC